GCCGACAUAGAGGAAAGUUCAUAUAUCACAAACUGGUGUCGGAUAUGAAGUACUUAGAAAACAACAUCUUCUCAUUGCAACAUAAACAAAAUGUUGUUAAGGUUGAAUUCAAAUUUACAGAGUUGCCUAAUGAUAUGAAAAUGCUGGCAUUUCUUGCUGGGGAAUUGUCAAAUUCUGCUUUUUAUUUUUCAUCGUUUGCUAAUGUCACCCAAGCUGAUUCAAAUAAUUACAAAAAGAAGUUUAGUAAAAAUGGUGGUGAUUGGGUGCCCUUUAAUUACAACAAAAGAGUCACUGAUUCUCAGAAAGUAACAAUGAAAAAGAAAUCUUUAGAAAAAAACAAAACCUCUGCUGCCACAAAGCGUUCAAAGUUAACUUCUUAUAUUGCAAAUGAGCUCGCAAGUCGUCAAGAAUUUAUGCCUCGGAUGGAAAAUUUCAUAGAUUACGCAAAAGCCGAACCGUUACAUUUAAAAAAUAACACUGUGAAAGAGAGAUUUAUGAUUUUGUUCAAGAUAUGUAUGGCACAAUCGAAUGUCAAAGAUGCCAAGUCCUUUAUUGAUCUACCUGAAACCUGUUUGUUUUCGAAAUUUGUGAACUUGGUUAAACAUGAUAUGAAUUGCAAUUUUUUAGCCAAGAAAUUAAAAACUUGGUACAAUGAAAAUUCCAGUAAAGGCACAGAAAAGGACUUUAGUUUCAGAUUCCGUGGCAAAGAAAGUUUUUUGUACAUGAAGCACUUUGCAGGAUUAAUUUUGAUGAUUCUGAGUAAUGUUAAAGAUGAACGAGUGAAUUUAAGAUUGCACCAAAUUCAUUUCCAAUCUGUUCAUUUACGGCAACUUUUGUCUUAUUCUAAAGUUAGUCCAAGUUUAUGGACUCUUUGUAACAUCGCUCCCUACAAUGCAGGAGAAUGCUUGGAUCUAUAUGGUUUCGGCUUGGGUUGCAACACGAUGGAAGGCCGUGAACACAAACAUCAGCGUAUUGCCAAAUACGCUGAAAAUACAACCGUUCAGAACCGAUGGCCUUUGAUAUUCAGACAUGAAUUCAUACAACUGGUGCAUUUAAGAGAAAAUGGUUUUGACAAGAAACGAUAUUGCACUAGGGCAAAUUCAUAUGUUCCAACACCUGGUGCAGACAGUUGUUCAUUUUGCGGAAUGUCUACAACGGAUGAUUGUAAAAUAUGUGAUAGUCAUUAUAUGAAAACUGUGAAUUUAAAUUCUCACAAUUUAAUGAAUUGGUGCUACGGCAUUACACGGUGUGAUAUAUUAAAGAAAAGUAACAACAUUGCUUCGAUUCUUUAA